AUGAGUGGCUUCGGCGAAUUUGAUGAACCUUUUCCGCAGCCCGCGAUCCAGGACUAUGACCCUCGAGGCGGUGCUUGGGAACAACACUGGGAUGACACUGGUCUACACGACCUAUGGAAAGGAGGCAAAAGCCUCCCGGAGACAUUCUUCUAUGAAAGUGCGGAGAAAACUCCAGCACCGAUAGAUCACUCGUUCGCAGAAGCCGCUUUGACUGCUGCAAGUGGACUCGCGCUGAUGAUUCCUGAGGUUGGCCCUGUACUCUUUGCCGCGGGCGUCGGUGGAGUCUUCUUCCUACAGCAGGGUGACAAAGAAAUGCCGGGUGCCCAGCACGUGGCAAGUAAAAUCGAGGUCCUCGAGAAGGAUCUUUUCCAGCGCCUGAAGGAAGCUCGUCUGCACGACUACAAGGCCAUACUUGACGUGCUGAAGGAUACCAUCGAGUUCUCCGUGCAGAACAAAAUCUUUGAGAAGACUUCCAAGGAUGAUUUGGUCGUUGUCAACGAGAAAUACGAUAUACUCAAGAAGCACGCUUUUGGAGCCGACUCGAGCUCCAUACAGGUCAUGCUCGACAAGUUGGAGAGUGAUUUUCACUGGGCCGACAACGAUAUCCAGCAGACGAUAGUGGCGCUGAUCCCGUUCAUGGUCCAGUGCAUGGAGCUGAAGCUCGUCCUCAACGCCAACCUGGCGCGAAUCCAUCAAGACAGGGGCGACAACGAAGACGAAGCGCACAAAGUCGCAUUCCACUCCGGUAUAAAGGAAGUGUCGUUUGACUUGAGAAAGGCUGUGAAUCGACUUGAAGAGUGGAUGAAGAAGAAGCAAGAGGACCGUAUGAAGCAGCUCAGCACGGAGAUCAAGCAAGAGACGCUGAAAGAGGGCAUUUUCUCGACGGUUCGGGAGGCUUGGAAGUUUAAGGAUACUGGCUCAGGGCGGGUGUUCCAGGUCAGCGGUGUACAGAAGGAGAUAUAUGACGUCUGCUACAUGGACGACGUGGAGCGGAAGAUGAAGGUUUACAUGGGCGAAAUGGCCAAUUGGUACAAAGACCGUCUGCAGGAGCAUGUCGAUAGGCACUUCGACGUCAUGAAGCAGACUAUGGAAAGGUGGAAGAAAGUUGCGGACGCACUGGAUAAUUUCUGGGGACAGCACGAGGGCCACCAAGACAAGGUACUGGAUGGUGUGAAGAUGUUUCACCAGAUGCAGAGCCGGCAGGCUGCUACUAAGUAA